CUGAGGGAGAAGGAACUGGGUCCCUGCACCCCUAUCAUGAGGCAUUAGGUGCUGAAGAUCCCUUGGAGAAGGAAGAGGGCUUCAGGCUUGGUAGAGACUGUAGGAGAGUUUUCUACCCGGCUAUCAGAUACUGCCUUGUCUGCUGCCAGGGGACACAUGGCUGUGCUCAAAAUGAGUGACAGACAGGGAGCAGCCCCUCCUCCUCCAGACCCAGGAGUCCAAACCCCAGUUCCUCCUCCCUCAGACUAGGAGUCAAGAUCCCCAGCCCCUCCUCCUUCAGACUAGGAGUCCAGGCCUCCAGUCCCUCCUCCCUUAGACCCAGGAGUCCAGACCCCAGUUCCUUCUCCCUCAAACUAGGGGUCAAGACCCCCAGCCACUCCUCCCUCAGACUAGGAGCCCAGACCCCCAGCCCCUCCUUCCUUAGACCCAGGAGUCCAUACCUCCUAGCCCCUCCUCCCUCAGACCCAGGAGUCCAGACCCCAGCCCCUCCUCCCUCAGACCCAUGAGUCCAGACCGCACUUCCUCUUCCCUCAGACUAGUAGUCAAGACCCCCAGCCACUCCUCCCUCAGACUAGGAGCCCAGACCCCCAGCUCCUCCUUCCUUAGAGUCAGGAGUCCAGACCCCAGCCCCUCCUUCCUCAGACCCAGGUGUCCAGACCCCCCAGCCCCUCCUCCCUUAGACCCAGGAGUCCAGACCCCAGUUCCUCCUCCCUCAAACUAGGAGUCAAGAACCCCAGCCACUCCUCCCUCAGACUAGGAGCCCAGACCCCCAGCCCCUCCUUCCUUAGACCCAGGAGUCCAGACACCCCAGCCCCUCCUCCCUCAGACCCAGGAGUCCAGACCCCAACCCCUCCUCCCUCAGACCCAUGAGUCCAGACCGCACUUCCUCUUCCCUCAGACUAGGAGUCAAGACCCCCAGCCACUCCUCCCUCAGACUAGGAGCCCAGACCCCCAGCUCCUCCUUCCUUAGAGUCAGGAGUCCAGACCCCAGCCUCUCCUUCUGACCCAGGAGUCCAGACCCCUCAGCCCCUCUUCCCUCAGAUCCAGGGGUCCAGGACCCCAGCCCCUCCUCCCUCAGGCCCAGGCUCCUGGUCCCCAGCCCCUCCUCCCUCAGGCCAAGGCUCCUGGUCCCAGCCCCUCCUCCCUCAGGCCAAGGCUCCUGGUCGCAGCCCCACCUCCCUCAGACCCAGGAGUCCAGCCCCAGCCCCUCCUCCCUCAGACCCAGGCUCCUGGUCCCAGCCCCUCCUCCCUCAGACCCAGGCUCCUGGUCCCAGCCCCUCCUCCCUCAGGCCCAGGCUCCAGGUCCCCAGCCCUUCCUCCCUCAGGCCGAGGCUCCUGGUCCCCAGGUUUGGAUUUUUUUCUCUCUUCCCAGUAUGUUCAUUGCUCUCUGCCCUCAGUUUUCCAAGGCCAUAUAUUUCAGGGAAAUGAAGUCAUUAAUUUUAUCUCUCGGCCUUAUUGAGUGGAGCCAAGCCCAGCUCCCUGAGCUCCGCCCCUGCCAUGCCCCCCUUCUCUCCUCGACCCAGGAAAGACGGUUGGGGUGACCUUUGUGACAGCCCAGCCUAAUGCCGGCCCCUCCCUCCCGUGCAAGGGUGACUCACUCCCAGGGCGGGGGACCAGCUGCCCCUCUGAGCCCCACCUUACUGGGUGGGGGAAUGGCUCAGAGGCUGACUCUGCUUUCUCUGGGCUCCCUCCAGGGCCUGUGCAGCUGGACAGGGGCCAGUGUGGCCGCCCUCGACCCAGUGAGGAACCUGAGAGCGGAGGAUCAGACCAACAGCUCCAUCACCCUGAGCUGGGAGGCCCCCGCGGGUCUCGACCCAAAGAACUCCACCUACUGGGUUCAGUGGACUCGAGAUGGUGGCAGCGUGGAGACUCGAAACACAACAGACACCAGAGUCACUGUGGACGGACUCGAACCUGGGUCUUCAUAUGCAUUUUCUGUGUGGAUAGAAGGAGAUGGAGAGCAAAGCACCCGAGUGAAUCUCAGCGCCCCCACAGCCCCCAACCCAGUGAGAAACCUGACAGUGGAGGCCCAGACCGCCAGCUCCAUCACCCUGAGCUGGGAGGCCCCCGAGGGCCCAGACCCAUGGAACUCCACCUACUGGGUCGAGUGCACCGGAGAUGGUGGCACCACAGAGACUCAAAGCACAACAGACACCGUCGUCGCCGUGGAUGGACUUGAACCCGGGGCUCUGUAUGCAUGUUCCGCGUGGGUGCAGAAGAAUGGAGUCAACAGCUCCCAGGACACUCGAAAUGCCACCACAGCCCCCAACCCAGUGAGAAACCUGCACAUGAAGGCCCAGACCAACAGCUCCAUUGCCCUGAGCUGGGAGGCCCCCCGUGGCCCAGACGGUCAGGAGUACACCUACUGGGUGGAGUGCACUGGAGACGGUGGCAGAACGGAGACCCAAAACACAACAGACACCAGUGCGACGGCGGAGGGACUCGCACCCGGAACCUCGUACACGUUCUCUGUAUGGGCAGAAAAAAAUGGCGCACUUGGCUCCAGGGAGAAUCUCAGCGUUUCCACAGUCCCCAACGCAGUGAGAAACCUCAGCAUGCAGGACUGGACCAACAGCUCCAUUGCCUUGCGCUGGACAGCUCCCCAGGGCCCAGGCCAGUCUUCCUACACCUACUGGGUCUCGUGCGUGGGGGAAGGCAUUACUAACCCCAGGACCCAAAACACCUCAGGAACUGAAAUCACCCUAAAGGAACUGGAAGCCGGCAGCCUGUACAGCCUCACCGUCUGGGCUGAGAGGAAUGAGGUCAGCGGCUAUAACAGCACCCUCAGUGCAGCCACCGCUCCCAGUGAGGUCACGGAUCUCCAGAACAAAACUCAGACUGACAACUCAGUCACGCUGUGGUGGCAGGCCCCCAGAGACCCCUACUCUCAGCUGUACGUAUACAGGGUCCAGUGGGCCAGCGAGGGACAUCCCCAGAGGGAGCAAGAUCCCCAAGUGAAUUGGGCCAACCAGUCCAGCAGGACCAAUGAGACAUGGUACAAGGUGGAGGCCCUGGAACCCGGGACUCUGUACAACUUCACCGUGUGGGCAGAAAGAAACGACAUGGCCAGUUCCACGCAAAGCAUCCGUGUGUCCACAAACCCAGACACAGUUACCAUCACUUCCUGCGUCAGCACCUCAGGGGGCUAUGGAGUCAUCUUGACCUGGUCCUGCCCCCAGGGAGGCUACGAGGCCUUUGAGUUGGAGGUGGGUGGACAGCGAGGCUCCCAGGACAGAGCUUCGUGUGGGAAGGGUGUGUCUGUGUUGGGUCUCGGGCCGGCUCAGUCCUACCCAGCCACCAUCAUGACCAUCUGGGACGGAAUGAGGGCCACCUCUGCCUCUGUGACCUGCCACACCGAGAGUGCAGGGGUCAUUGCCGGAGCCGUUGUGGGCACCCUUCUAUUUCUCAUCCUGGUGGGCCUGCUUAUUUUCUUCCUGAAGAGGAGGAAUAAGAAGAACCAGCAGAAACCAGAACUCAGUGAUCUGGUCUUCAGCUUCCCAGGGGACAUCCCGGCUGAAGACUUUGCUGACCACGUCAGGAGGAAUGAGAAGGACAGCAGCUGUGGUUUUGCAGAGGAGUACCAGCAACUGUCCCUGGUGGGCACCAGCCAGUCUCAGAUGGUGGCUUCAACUCCAGAGAACAGUGCCAAGAACCGCUACAGAAAUGUGCUGCCCUAUGACUGGUCCCGGGUACCCCUGAAGCCCAUCCCCGAGGAGCCAGGCUCUGACUACAUCAAUGCCAGCUUCAUGCCCGGUCUCUGGAGCCCCCAGGAGUUCAUAGCAACCCAGGGCCCCCUGCCACAGACAGUGGGCGACUUCUGGCGCCUGGUGUGGGAACAGCAGAGCCACACCCUAGUCAUGCUGACCAACUGCAUGGAGGCUGGCCGGGUGAAGUGUGAGCAUUACUGGCCUCUGGACUCUCAGCCCUGCACCCACGGGCACCUGCGGGUGACCCUGGAGAGUGAGGAAGUGACGGAGAACUGGACGGUCCGGGAACUGCAGCUCCUCCAGGUGGAGGAGCAGAAGACGCUCUCUGUGCGGCAAUUCCACUUCCUGGCCUGGCCGGAUCACGGCGUUCCCUCCUCCCCAGACACCUUGCUGGCUUUCUGGAGGAUGCUCCGGCAGUGGCUGGAUCAGACCAUGGAGGGAGGCCCACCCAUUGUACACUGCAGUGCUGGCGUGGGCCGCACGGGCACCCUCAUUGCCCUGGACGUCCUGCUUCGGCAGCUGGAGUACGAGGGUCUCCUUGGGCCCUUCAGCUUCGUGAAGAAGAUGAGAGAGAGCCGGCCGUUGAUGGUGCAGACGGAGGCUCAGUACGUAUUCCUGCACCAGUGCAUCCUGCGGUUCCUCCAACAGUCAGCCCAGGCCCCAGCUGAGAAGGAGGUCACGUAUGAGAAUGUUGAAAACCUUAUUUACGAGAACAAGGCUGCCAUCCGGGCCCACGAGUUGGAGGUCUAAGUGACAAGAGGGCUGGGCUGGCAGCCCAGGCAUCCUCAAGCUCUGGACGCCCACUUGAACCCAGAUUCCUGGAAGAGCAGAGGGCUGGGCUCCCAGACUCCUGGGUGCUGUGGGAGGAGGGGGCUGGGAGCCCAAACUCCAGUUUUCCCAGGAGAGAGUGAUCUGGUGGACCUCAGCACAUGACUCUAUGGGACCUGGGGAUCUAGAUUCCUGGUGCCUUGAAGGAGGAGAGGGGUGGUAGCUUGGAAUUCCCAGGUCUUUGAGGGAGGAGGAAGCUAGGAACCUGGAAUGCAGGAAGAGACAGGCUGGAGCCUGGAUUCUGAGGCAGGAAGGAAUUCAGGUCUGGAAUUCUGGCUACUUGAGGACAAAAGGCAGGCAGGACCCUGCCCUGCUUUUACUUCAGAAACCAAAUCAGUCUAUAAUCUGAGGUUGGAGGGAGUCCCUGUGCCCAAGGUCUCCCUGCACCCGCCGUCUGCAUAUGUGUUUCCUUCUAUCCCAUAAUUUAUUAAAUCACUGUUUUCCCCACA